UUGCUUUAUGAAUUUGAAGUAUUAAUUCUUAGUGUAUCGGAAGUGUGUGGGUAUGUGGCAGAGCAGAAUUUCAGCUUAAAAGUAAGCGGUGUGUUGUAUAAAUGGACGAAUUUUGUGUACGGCUGGCAGAAGCGAUAUUUUGAGCUGGAACAGGGCGUACUGGUCUACUACAAGUCCGAGGCCGAGAAGCAGUAUGGAAGUCGUGGCUCGAUUGCCCUUCGUAUCGCACAUUGUGUCUGUGUGUAUGUGGCAAAGCAGAAUUUCAGGUUGAAAGUGAGCGGUGUGUUAUAUAAAUGGACGAAUUUUGUGUACGGCUGGCAGAAACGAUAUUUUGAGCUGGAACAGGGCGUACUGGUCUACUACAAAUCCGAAGCUGAGAAGCACAUCAGAAAAAUGGCCGCUAAGCUUAUUUGUGGCUGCAUCCAGCGGUUGUGGUUACAGGAAAGUGAUAUUGACAUGUAUCGUUUCGACGUGGUGACCGGUAGCACUUGCUGGAGCUUGAAAGUGGAAACUCAAGCAGCGAGAAGAAUGUGGCUGCGUGCUUUGAAAUUCCAUAUGACUAGUUACAAUGGCCUUUCGGUACUUCAUCGAGGAAUUUGUGUUGGAAAAUCGGCAACAUACGACGCGGAAGAGCGCUACAGUAAUGAGGUCGAAAAAUUCAACAAUCCGAAGGCGUGUAAUUCGUCGGGCGACGCAGACUUCGAGCAGUCAUCAUUUUCGGAGAGUGAUAUUGACAUGUAUCGUUUUGACGUGGUGACCGGUAGCACUUGCUGGAGCUUGAAAGUGGAAACUCAAGCAGCGAGAAGAAUGUGGCUGCGCGCUUUGAAAUUCCAUAUGACUAGUUACAAUGGCCUUUCGGUACUUCAUCGAGGAAUUUGUGUUGGAAAAUCUGCAACAUACGACGCGGAAGAGCGCUCCAGUAAUGAGCUAGAACUGAACAGUAAAGUGGAAGAGCUGAAACGUUAUAGUGCGAUGAUUGGACGACAAAUGAGCAGGCUGGAGAAGCUAGUGGCCAGGAACAGGAGCAGCAGGGAAAGUGCAAAAGCAACAGAAUUGCUGGAUGAGAGUAUUGCUUUCCGUUUAUUGAUUAUUUACUAUUUAGUUUGGUGGGAACGUAUUGGUGAAAUAUGGAAAAUGCAAAUAUAUGCAUAUACGUGUAUGUAUAUAUACAACUAUACAUAUGUAUAUAUACAUAUUAUAUAUAUUAUAUAUAUAUAUAUAUAUAUACAUGAUUCAAAAUUUUUAUCUGUGGACGUCUUCUGCUGGAUGAUGUAAUC